AUGGAAAAGUUUUCUGAACUGUUAGGAGUGUACGAUGAAAAGCUGCUACUCGUUAUUCCUCCGAAUAUAGAUGACUCUUUGAGCAGCAGCGACGCAAUCGUGAGGGAAGGCUCCAAUGAAACGUUAACUUGUAAAGCCACCGGAUUUCCUACACCUAACGUUAAAUGGAAGAGGGACGAUAAUACCAAAAUUACCAUAAAUAAAACUCUUCAAGUUCUUGAAUGGGAAGGAGAAACGCUGGAGCUAACAAAAAUUUCCAGACUGGAUAUGGGAGCUUACUUAUGUAUUGCCAGUAACGGUGUGCCUCCGACAGUUAGUAAACGAAUCAAAGUUAGUGUAGAUUUUCCUCCAAUGUUAUGGAUUCCCCAUCAGCUGGUAGGAGUUCCUUUAAAUUACGCCGUGACCCUCGAAUGUUUCACAGAGGCGAAUCCAAGUUCCCUAAACUAUUGGACUCGGGAAGACGGCCAGAAUAUGAUACACGAUUCACGAAAGUAUCGCACGGAAAACAGCGUCGGCUAUCCUUCAUAUAAGACCCACAUGAAACUCACCAUUAACAACAUUCAGCAAAGUGACUACGGCACCUAUAAAUGCGUCGCGAAGAAUCCCAGAGGGGAAACUGAUGGGACUAUUAGAUUGUACACUUCAUCACCUCCAACAUCUUCGUCGAGGCCACCAACUACCGACUCUUCAAAAGAUAUUUGGAGCAAAGGAAAUGGUUCUGCUUAUGGAAAUUCUCGGUCGGUUUCUCACGUUUCGGAUAAAGGCUCUAAAUACCAAUCGAAUUUAAAUGAAAUUGACAAAUACGAACAGAAGGCCAAUACGGAUUCGGACACCAAGGGUCAUUUUUAUGAAACUGCUUCUGAAAAUAUGGGAGGUCAUCUUAACUGUAAGUUCUUUUAA